AUGUCCCGCAUUUAUGAAGACGUGGACCCGGCCUUUGCAGCUAAAUGUAGUAACAUAACACUAUGCUCUAGUACCGUCGGCUUUUUCAAAAACUUUAGUGAUGAAAUCAUUUCCAUUGCUGAAGAAGACAACUGGUUGCAGUCAUUCGAAAAGGUCGAAGAUAUGCAAAAAGUGACAGCGGUGAUGGAAAACAAAAUGAUAAUGGAUGGGCUGCAAGAAGUUUUCUCUAGAAUCCAACCACUGUAUCGUAGCAAAGAUGCAAAGAUUUCGCAAGAGAAACGUAAGGAGGCCGAAGCAGCACUAAAACAAGGCGAUUUCACCAAAAGUUUGGCAUUAGCAAGUCAAGCUGUGCUUAGGUCUCCAAUGACAGGAACUGAUGAAGUGGUAGACCGAGGAGUAUCCUUAGCACUAGCACUUUGGUUACGCUCCGAAGUACUUUUGCGUUUAAAUAAGUUUCAAGCCGCCCUUGAAGAUUUGAAAUUGGCCUUAAAGGAACGCCUGCCAGCUCGCAUGCGUGCUCAAUACUAUUGGCGAAUGGGUCACUGUUACAAAGGUGCGCAAGAACCAACAAGAGCCAAGGUUUCCUAUGAAUUAGCAGGCAGGCUAUUAGGGAACGACGAGAAAGCCAAAGACCAGUUACAACAAGAUAUAGAGUCUCUUGAUUACUCCGUACAGCCAAAACAACCUCCAGACAAAACAGGUAUAUCUUUAUCUGGUGGAGCUAAACAAUCUAUGCCAUCCCUGUCAAAGUUACUUAAAAUCACCGAGGAUGAAACAAAGGGUCGAUUUACGGUGGCAAAUUCAGCAGUUAAAACUGGAGAUGUUCUUCUAAUAGAUAGCCCAUACGCAGCCUGUCUUUUAAAUGAUUUUUAUGGUACACAUUGCCUUCAUUGUUUUAAAAGGCUAGGUGAUUGUGAAGAUCGUGCACCCGUUUGGUGCCCAAAAUGUUCAGGAGUUGCUUUCUGUAGUGUACAAUGUAGAGAUGCAGCCGUCUCCACUUACCAUACUUACGAAUGUCCUUUUUUGGGUUUAUUCAUUGGAUCAGGCAUGUCGGUGCUUAGUCAUAUUGCUCUUCGUAUGGUCACGCAAGCUGGACUAGACACAAGUCUAACAAUUCAUUCAAAACAUUUAUUCAAUAACGUCAAAACAGUUGAAAGUGUAGCUCUAAAUGACAUUGAAGGAAUGCCGAAGAAAUCAAAACUGAAAAGCAGAAAAGAAAGAUUGAACCGAUCUAAGAAAGGGCUAGAUACAUUAAGCGACAAAAACUCUAAAGACGGAGAAAUUGACUCUAAAUCGGACGAAAACCCCAAUUAUCAGGAACAAUUACUACUAAGAGCAGCCCAAAUAUACUCACUAUGCACGCAUUCAAGGCAAAGAAAAGGGGAUGAUUAUCUAAAAAGAAUCGUGAUGGCGAUGUUUCUUACAGAAUGUUUAAAAAAAACUGACUACUUCAAAAACUGCGAAGAAACAAAACUACAAAAAGCUGAACAAUCAAUAUGCGAACUUAUAGUUUGCAACCUGCAGCUUCUCCAGUUCAACGCUCAUGAAAUCUACGAGACCGUCCGUGGUCAACAUAUGUUUGUUGGCUCGAAGCCUGUGUACACUGCAGUCGGUAUAUAUCCUACUGGCGCUUUGUUCAAUCACGAAUGCUAUCCAGCAGUAGCAAGGUACUUCGACGGGUCGAACAUAGUUCUCCGGGCUAUACGACCACUAGCACCAGGUGAAGUCGUGUCUGAAAACUAUGGACCACAUUUCUUAAUGCGCAACCUGAAAGAGCGUCAAAGAAGUCUAGCCUGCAGAUAUUGGUUUAAGUGUGAUUGUACUGCGUGCAGAGAAGACUGGCCAACUUUAAAACAAAUGAAUAUGAGCGCCCCAUUUUUAAGAUGCCCUAAUAUUGAUUGUUCGUGGAAGUUUAUAGCAAAUCCCAAAAGUUUACCCAACAAAUGUUCUAAAUGUUCUGUAACAAUAGAAAGAAACUUGGUGAAGGUGUAUUUGGAUACAGUUGAAAGAUGUUUAUCAAAAUACCAGGACGGAGCGAAACUGAUGGAUGAACAGCGGCCUCUUGAAGCUAUAGACUAUCUAUGCGAAGCUGUCGACUUGUACCACGAAGUAGCACGCAUGCCGCAUCGCGAGACUCAUAUUGCACAAGAAUCGCUGCGAUCUUGCUUCGCUACUAUGGGUAACGUGCAUAUUGCAAAAGAAAUAGCAGUACCCGAGAAGAAAACGUAG